AUGUCAUGUCCGAGUGUCGAUGGCUGUACACCAAGUGAUCCGCUGUUGAAGACAUUCGGCUUUCGAGCAAAACGUCAGUUGACAAUCGAACAGAUUCGUGCUGCACUCGCCGCCAAUCCUGAUCUUCAACGACAGAUCAGGCUCAUUAAUCACGUGGGCUCUGCGGAUGAUUCGAACGGAGAGCUUCAGCAGCAGCUGAUAGCGCUCGGUGGUGAUCAUAUUGUGAAGAAACGUUUGGUCGUUGUGAAUUCAGAGGAUCAACUGCGUUACUAUGUCCGAACCGGCGAUAUUCCUGACGCUACGUCAUAA